CCCAAACCGGGAAGCAUCCACUAUGGCCUUUCUAGAUCUCCCCGUCGAGGUGGUACUUCUCGUGGUUACCCACCUCGAGUAUGCAUACGAGAUCAACGCUUUAUGCAGCACCUCUCGCUGGCUGCAUGGCCUGGUGAAUUCUGCGCUUUACAAACAUAGUAUUGCCCAUGGGGAUGGGGAAUAUGUGCUUGAAUGGGCCGCCGUCAACGGAUUGGUGUCAACUACCCGACUUAUCCUUGAAGCAAGGCCAGACGCUAUUGGAGGGCUGGAGGCCUUUUCAUUAGCAGCCACCCACGGACAGAGCGAGAUAAUAGAACUGCUAUAUAAACACGGUGUCGAUCCGUGCUUUACCGACAACCACUGGAAGAAUCACCAUGAAGAACCCGAUGUUUUAGACAGUGAAGGCCACCCGCUGUCUAUGGCAGCGGCAAAUGGCCACGUAUCUGUCGUCAGUCUCUUACUAGAAUAUGAAGUACCAGUGGAUCUCCAUACAGGAACUAAAGAGAAGCGAACAGCUCUCCAUCUGGCAGCCGAAAAGGGGCAUCUCGAUGUUCUCCGUGUAUUAGCCAAUGCCGGCAGCCAAAUUGAUGCGCAGGACCAUGUCGGCACAACGCCUCUGCAUUUUGCGGUGCAUGAAGGGCACCUCGAGGCUGUGCAGUUUCUACUCUCCCGUGGAGCAGACCCGAAUUUAUCAACCAAAGGCGGGUCGACAGCGCUCUGCAUGGCAGCUCGCUCUGGUAAUAUUGAUGUCGUGCGAUGUCUCCUUGACCGGGCAAUGAACGACCCAUCCUGCCCCGACCAAAGGUCACUGUGGCAGCUGGCUCAAGCAGCAGACAGAGGAUACAGCAAUAUUGUGGACCUCCUGCUCACCCGGUUCGACUACAUCCAGCUCUGCACAGAGCCUUAUCAACAGUCCGUCCUGCUCUGCGUUGCUGCACUCACUGGCCGGACUGCACUUCUCACAGACCUCUUAUCAAACCACAACUACAACCCUAACAUGCGUGUGUCUGGCGAAUACAUCUCCCCGCCAUCCACUUGGCUCUACUCGACUCCGGCAUCAGCUCUUGACUGGGCUGCAGAGCGCAACCAUGCCGCCGCAAUCGAUAUUCUCAUAUCCCACGGCGCCCUCACACCAUCCGACCAAAGCCCCCUCCCCCUCCACCAUGCUAUUAGGAAUGGCCACAAAGAAGCCACCACAGUCCUGCUCGCGAACGGCAUGAACUCAAACAACCCCCCCGGCAAAGCCCUAUUCAGCGCCAUCCCCCACCCAUCCAUCUUCUCCCUCCUACUCUCUCACGGCGCAGAUCCAACAGCCCCAGUCCCCUGGUCCAAUCUCCUCGCCGAUAUCCUCACCUCGGGCAGCGCUGACACCCUACGCCUCCUCCUCGACAACCCAAAAGGCACCUCGCUAGUCACAGACCCAAUCAUAAAAGCUCCCAUGAUCUCUCUUACACGACCAGAGCAAAUCCCGCUCAUCCGUCUCGCCAUCCAAGGUGGCGAGGCAGUCCUCCGUCUCCUCCUAGAUCGGAAUCUGCUAGCGCCACCAGAAACCCUGCACGACCGCACAGCGAGCCAGUACCUCAUUCUCGCAGCGAAGCACGGUAAUGUCUCGCUCAUGGCGCUGCUUCUGGAUAUGGGCUUUGAUGUUCAUGUAGGGGAUAACGCGGGGGCGCUUGUUGCUGCGGCUGCAAAGGCACAGGGGGAUCCUGAUAAACUUCUCGACUUUCUUCUAGAAGGAGGGUGUAGUGUACAUGAUACGGAUUACAUGGGUAGUCCUGCGUUGGUCCUCGCAGCGAGGGAUAAGAAUGAGAGUGCCAUGCGGAGGCUUUUAGCGCGCGGGGCGGAUCCGCUUGUUGGUUGGCGGGGGGAGACGGCGUUGUCAGUUGGGGUGAGGAAUGGACAUGUUGCUGCAGUUCAGGAUAUUUUGGGUGUUCUUGAUCAGAGGGAGGUUGGGCUUGGGGAGGUGGAGGGCGUGUUGAAAUGGGCUGAGAGUGCUUUGAAGGGUGCUCGUGGCAUAACAGUGCCGCGUGAGAAUUUCUUUCUUAUUGUAAAGGCGUUGCGGAGGUUCUACUGGUUGAGGAAGUAUGCAGUGUGUGCUUGAUUUGCAUAACUUGAUGUUAUUUGAUAGAGAUAGUAUUAAAGAAUAGGGUAGUACACGAUGUACUCAAAAUAGUCAUGGCAGUUUUACUAUUUUGAUAUCAAUGCCAUCAGUGC